AAACAGGACUUUCAUCACAUCCAGUGCACUGUGCGCCUGAUGCGCGUUAGCCAGCCAUAAAUAUGACAAUUAGGCAACAGUUCAGUCAAAAGCAGGUUGCUGAGACUUAUCAAUCAGAUCCACCGCCUCUUUAAAUGCUCAUGUUGAACUGCAUCUUCCAUCCGAGUCAUUCCUUCGUACCACCAUGAUUGCACGGCAGGAUGACGAGGAGACGCCUCUUCUGCAACGACCAGAACAGCCAAUGACUAGGACGCCUCUACCCUGGAAACAAUUUUCGGUUAUACUAUUCUUGGAAAUGUUAGAUCCUCUUUCUUCACAGACCCUUGCUCCGUUUAUUCCCCAACUCGUUAGAGACAUUGGAGUGACUCACGGAGACGAGUCCCAAGUCGGUCGCUAUGCCGGCAUCCUUGUAAGCAUGUCUUCAUUGUUCCUUCCCCUUCCCCUUCAUUCGUUCCUGAUAUUAUCCCAGCAAUCAUCAUACUAUGCAGCUCAUGCACUGACUAUUUUUCAUUGGAGUCAACUGUCCGACCACGUUGGGCGGAAACCUGUAUUACUGAUAGCUCUAUUAGCAAUUUCUGUUUCGAUGUUUUCGUUUGGGCUGUCGAAGACUUUCCUUGAUCUCGUGGUUAGUCGUGUUGUCUGCGGAGCAUUUGAUGCGAGCAAUGCUAUCCUCAAGAUCAUGGUGAUGGACAUCACUGACAUGACCAAUAUGCCCGAGGCAUACAGUUAUGUACCAAUUCCGUGGAUGAUCGCAAACACAAUUGGACCACUCAUUGGCGGCUCGCUCUCCCGACCAGCAGACAGAUUCCCUGGCAUCUUUGGGCGAUCAGAACUCCUGAAAACCUACCCAUAUCUCCUGCCAUGCUCUAUUUCGGCACUGUUUGCAUUAAUAGCUUGGCUAGUCACGUAUUGGCGUCUUCAAGAGAGCGUUUCUACCAAGGCACCACUUUGGGAGCUAAUUACAGGAGGAUUCUUCGGACAGUCAUGCUCUAAGUCUCGCCAGCCAUUGAGCAAUCUUAUAGUUGAUCCUGGGGAAGCGAAUCCCGGAGAAGUCCAAUCAAAGUCGCUUCCGCUGCGUGCCUUAUUGACCUCGAAAGUUUCGAUCGUAACAGCAAGUUAUGCCACCACAGGCCUAUUUCACAUGGCAUUUAGUUUAGUCUUACCUGUUUUCUAUGCGACACCGAUUGAACUUGGUGGUCUUUCCCUUGACCCUCCUCGCAUUGGCGCUUUACUUGCAGCGCAAGGCGUUGCACAUGGCAUAUCUCAGUUACUUUUCUAUGCUCGUCUGCAUGAUCACUUCGGUGCAAGAGCUAUCCAUAUCACCGGCGUCACCUCCGGCAUACCCACCGUCAUUUUAUUUCCAGUGAUCAACACUCUGGCCCGAGCCCAUGGGAUAGGUGUGGCGGUGUGGCUGUGUGUUGCCGUUCAGCUUAUGCUGACGAUGAGCUUGAACAUGUGCUACCCUUGCAUAGCAUUGUUUAUCAGAGCCGCCGCUCCCAAUCGUGCCUCGCUCGGAGCAACCAAUGGAAUCGCGCAGAUGGCUGCCUCAGUAGCGAGGAUCAUUGGCCCGGCGUCUGCAGCUUCGGUCUUCUCUUAUUCAAUGCAGGAAGGGCACGAUGCGUGGUUGAUAUACUACUUCUUGAUCGCCAUGGCAUUUCUCGCAGUAGGUACUGCUCUAUUGCUUCCCCGUGGUCUUAGUGUAUGGGAAGAUCAUCAAUGAUAUUAUUGCGAAUGGCUGAAAACAGCAUGGCUCAACAUCAUUACAGCAAGGUUAUGUAGGAUAUCGACAGCUCUCCUAAAGUACAGUGGAAUUGAGUAUAUAGUGCUAUGUUGAGGGGGGGGGAGGGAGGUUGCAACGAAGCUAUAGUACACACUCUGUAGCCUCUGUAGGGCUACAUUGCACAUCACAUUUUAGCUGAUGUAGUACCA